AUGCAUAAGUCUCUGUUGUGCUUGCUCAUCGUUACGGUUUACGCCGCAUCAGCGGUUCCCGUUAACUCAGAUUACUCUGAGGACAGAGCGUACCCUCGAUUCAUCGAAUUCCCCGAUGGCGAGGGUGUCAUGCACACAGUAGACCUCGAGGCUGAGCCUGACAUGGAACUCCUCGAUGAAAUCGCAAGGAACCCUGCCAACAAUCAAUACUUCCUGUUUACGAGACGUAACCCCAGUAACUCUCAAACUUUGGUGAUCAACAACGCCAAUUCUGUCACCAACUCUAACUUCAAUGCUAACAACCCCACGGUGGUCAUUGCUCACGGCUGGCUCAGUAACCAGAACACCGACAUUAACCCUACUAUCAGAGAUGCUUACUUAGCAAAGAGCGACACAAACGUAAUUGUUCUGGACUGGAGGAGACUUGCUCUUGCCGAUUAUGCUACAGCAGUACGAGGUGUCCCUGAUGUUGGACGCGGUCUUGGACAGUUCCUCGCUUUCAUAAACAGAGUCACCGGACAGGCUUUCAACCGUAUGCACCUUGUCGGCUUCAGCUUGGGCGCUCACCUUGUCGGUAAUGCUGGUCGUGAACUUGGAGGAAGAGCCGCUCGUGUGACAGCUUUGGACCCUGCUGGUCCUCUAUGGAACUACAACUCCAACCGUGUUAACCCCAAUGAUGGUAUCUACGUCGAGGCUAUUCACACUGAUGGUGGUUACACCGUCGGAGGUCUUGGUAUCGGCUCUAACGUCGCUAAUGCUGACUUCUACCCCAACGGUGGUAUCUCCCAGCCUGGCUGCCUCACCAACAUUUGCAACCACAACCGUGCCUGGGAACUCUUUGCUGCUACCGUCACAUACAACCACUUGGUUGGACGUUUGUGCACCAGCUCUACUCAAAUCACCUUGAACACAUGCCGUGGUGCUGAACUUCGUAUGGGCAACGACAUCUUAACAAAAACUGGUUCUGGAAUGUACCGCCUGGACACCGCUAGAAGAUAUCCAUUUUAA